AUGCUGCCCCACGGACGUGACAACAGCACCCACCCCUCCUCGGCGCGUCGUCCCGUCUCGGACAAGGAAGAGAUGGCAAGAGCGGCUCUUCGCUCCCUCUCAGGGCCCAGCACCAGCCCAACGUCCAAUGAUGCCCCCUUUCUGCCACGUCCGCCCCAACCUUCCCCUUCGUACGCACCCGCACCUGGCCCGUCGCAGCCCUCUUACCGCCAAUUCGCUCACGCCGCUAGCCGUCACUUGCAUCAGUAUCAUGCAAAGCUGCAGACAAGGUCAAAGUCGACUGGUGCCAAAGGUAAAGCUGCUCUCAUUGCUGAAAACGCCAACAACAAGAGCCAUAAGGGCAUCAAGGCUAAAAAGCUUACCGCUUCUAUUAGCGCCGCCAAGGCUGCUAAGUCCGACGCGACUGGCCCAUCCAAGCGGUCGGCCUCGAAUCUCUCCAAGCUCCACUCCCCCCUCCAGGCUCCAGCACAAGACGCAACAUCCCAAGCCAGCCAAUCCAACAGUCCGCCUCGAACCACGACAACAGCGAAAAAGUCAGCAGCUACAAAGUCGACCACCUCGGUCGCUGGCGUUCCUGCUGCCAAAGUCAGGCGCACAUCCGCCUCGAGCCAGCAGAAGCCUGAUUUAAAGCCGUCACCCGCUGCCUCUCCGAACGCUCCCGUGACGACUCGCACGAGCAGCCGCCCGCCUGCUACGAUCGAACAGGCCUUGUCGGCCUUGUCUCCUAAGCCAUCCUCACCUCCUCCGAAGGAGAAUUCCACGCCCACCUCGAUCGAAGCGGCACUGCUCUCGCCAACAGACAAUCCCACUCCCUCACAGGCUGCCGCUCAGCAUGCACAGCGCCUUUUCAGGUCGCCCUUGCCACCAGAGCGGGCUGUUGAGACUGCUUCCGGUCAGGCGCUCCCCGCCGAUCUGCCCGGAGCGGGUCAGAUGAACGCGUCGUCAGCGACCAAACAGCAGACGUCCAAGUCAGGCGUCGACUCGAUCAUCCAGGCUUCUCAGAGCAACGAACCGACCGAUCAAUCUUCGGCUAUCGCCUGA